CUUGUAAUUCGAGUGAGAAAAAACCGACGCCGGUUCCUAUAUGCGGAAGUGCAUUGAGAACUAUACCACUGAGAACAAUAGAAAGACAAUGAGGACAGUUCUUCGUCCGUUAGGCAUCUGAUUCUCUUUUCAUCUGGUGUGAAUUCCGAGGUUUUGCCAUGAACUACAAGGCUUUAUUUGUGGUUUUCCUAGUCAUUGGAGUUUCAGAAAUUCCGCAGACCAAUUCAAAAGCUGUUAAUAACAUAACAAAAACGCCAAAGGUACUGAAUCUAGUGUCGGAGCUUCUUGCAGAUGAAGAGCGAGAGGAUACGACGAGAGUCCGACGUGAUGACGAUGAAUUAUCGGCAUCUGGAGAAGACGAGGACGAAGACGAAGGAAGUAGCGAGCCAACGACAAAGAAAUGUGAGACGUCUUGCGAUGGGGGUAAACAUAUCGACAAAUGCACGUGCGACAAAAGCAAAUGUGGGGAAACAAAUGACGAGCCCUGCAAGAAAUGCCAAACGAACAAGUGUGCGGCAACAAGCCCCCAAAAAUGUGACGUCACAGGGCAAGCAGCAAAAUGCGCAUGCCCAAAGCAAAAUCAAUCUCCCGUCAUGCAACGCGUGUUUGGCAUCCCUGCCGUGAUGGUAGCGCCGUUCAACGCAGGUGCUUCCACGGGUGCUGUCGCUAAGAAAAAUACUGCAAGCAAGAAGUGUUGUGGGUGUCAUGAAUGUUGCUGUUGUUGCGAGCCGUGUUGUUGUUGUCAUGAAUGCUGUUGUUGUCCUUGUUGUUGUUGUUGUUGCGAGCCAUGUUGCUGCUGUCACGAAUGUUGUUGUUGUGAGCCUUGUUGUCACUGCUGUCACUGUUGCCACCACUGUUGUCAUCAUUGUUGCAAUCAUUGUUGUUGUAAGAAGUGCGAAGGUCAGGGAAUGGGAGGAAACGGUGGCAAUGGAGGCAUGCAAGGGAAAUAGGAUAAAGUAGCAUCGACUACGAGCAACCAGAAAUAUAUAGAAGGGUGCUAGAAAAGUGUAACAGAUGAUUACAUCUAAUAGGACUGUUUACAAAAAACUUGGAAGCACUAACCACCAUAUAAGGAUAAACAUUCUCACUAAAUGCAAAUCAAUUUUCGCUCGUAGAAGGUUUUUUCCCGCUCUUUUUCGCCUUACGGCGAAGUGGCGUGAGUGGAAACCAUUUCAGAGCUGGCCAAUGAAAACCCUUCAAAGAAUUGAAAUGAUGUUGACAUAAGACGAUUUGGACGAUGAGAUUCAUCGGCGAAAAUUCGCAAAAUACUGAAAACCGCUGUCAUGUAUUCAAUGUGUAUAGAGGUUUUACUAUUUUGCUUACUAGAAGCAACGAUUCAAGUUAGAAAAAAUGAAUGAAAAAGCAUGAUGGCAUAGAAAUGAUGUAUAGUAUGGUGAAGCAAAGCUAUACUGUUACUUUUGUGGGUUUUAUCUCGCAAUAAACACCAGUUUUAUUGAAA